AUGGCAUUUCUUGGACAGUUAACCGCGAAUGUUCAAGCACAACUGAACUCAGUAAAGCCACAACUGAAUUCUGUACUCCAAACAGCCACACGUGCACGUGAAAAUCUUGCACCCAUUUUAAGUAGAGCUUCAGCUCAACUUGAUAGCAUUGGCAAGAUUUUACAGGUGACAGCAGAUCGAAAGCAAUCUCCAAUUGACAUUCUCGCUUCACUGACUGCUUUCGAUGCAAGCCUUGAGGAUACCACAUUCAAUUUCAAAUAUCCAGUAAGUGGUCAGUUCAAAUUGGUGAAUGCUGGCGAAAGUCUUCAGUUGCUGUUGGGUGCAGAUUUAUGCGGUGAAUUAAUGGUGAACUUUUUACCGGAUCAAAGGUAUGCAUUAGAGAUGAUACUCAUACACUGGAGUACAGAACCAAUGAAUGGCAGUGAACAUACGCUAGGUGGUGUCGGUUAUGCAGGUGAAAUACACUUCAUACAUCGGAAUGUUCAGUGCGCUAACUUCGAGAUGGCCUUCAAAGAACCGAACGGUGUUUUAGCACUGGCUGUUCUUCUCAAUGAAUCGCAUGACGAUAAUCCAGUAUUAUCAACAAUUAUUGAUGGUAUCACUCAGAUCAUCUAUAAAGGUAGCGAAUGUGCUAUACAACGUGUUGAAUUACGUCAACUUCUUCCACCUCCAGAAAAGAUGAAAGAGUUCUGGAUGUAUGAAGGAUCUGAAACGAUUGCUCCCUAUCGCGAAACAGUUCAGUGGCUUAUUUAUAGAUCGACCGUAUCAAUAUCCUCUCAUCAGCUGGAUAAAUUACGGACAUUACGCAAAGAAGGAUACGAAAGUGAGGUUGAGCAUGGUAUGCUACCAAUUCGAGCCGUUCAACCAAUCAACGGACGCACAAUUCGUUCUUCGUUCCGUUCUGCAGCCCAAGCGCCACCUAUUCAAUCGUAA